AUUGAGGCAGCUAUCGGAGUGAUUGGGCUUUCGUUACAGCUCAUCGACUCUGCCAUCAAAGUCAAGAGAGCCAUCACAACCUACCGGUCUGCCUCAACGGAGAUCAACCGGCUGAUGCUAAAAAUCGAAAGGGUCGAGGCAAUAUGCGGUGCGAUCAAGGACAGUCUCGAGGGAAACGCACCCUCGGGGCAAUGCUCUGAUCUCAUCAAGACCUGGGGCGUCUGUGUUCUCAAGAGUAUCCAGUCGACGCUCGCCGAGAUUCAUGCCAUCAUCACGAAGCUGGGAAGAAAAGGUGGAAAGAGACGUCCGUUCAACACCGUGGGAUUCACAUUUCUGGAAUGCAAAGAUGAUAUAUCUCUGUUGAGCAAGUGGCUGGACGAUGAUCUGACUUACCUGCAGCAUAUGAUGACUGCAGAGAUCCUGUGCGCCUUCCGAGUUCUACUCCUGAAAGUCCCACACUGA